AUGAAUUUUUCUUGCAAUUCUUUUAUUUUAGAAAAGAAAACCCAGAAUGGCAGGGACAAGCCCCUCCAGGCCACUUUAAAUUUCGUCACAGUAGAGUCCUGGGCGGAGAGUGAAAAUCCUGGGGAGUCGUCUCUCAGUCCCAGCCCCCGGCCAUCAGCCAAUCACCAGGCGCCAUGCAAAUCACCUCUUCCGUUCUCUAAACCCGCGUCAGCCGCAGCGGCUGCUCUGGCUGCCCCGCCCCAGCUUCAUUUCCUCCCCUCCCCUCCCCUUCCCUCCUUCGCCCCCGCCCGAGCAGCUGCCGGGGAAGAGGGCAGUGCUGGGUGCCUCAUGCAUAUGCAGACCGAUCCUCCUCCUCCCUCUACCUCCUGCCCCCUCCUGCCUCCUCCUCCCUUCCCCUCACCGCCACCGCCUCCUCCCGUUUCCCCUGCCGCGCCCGCGCUCCUGGACGUGCAGUUCUCCGAGCUCUGGUCCCGAGCAGCUGUUUCUCAGAAGAAGGCCUACGUGCGCUCUUGGAGCAGACGAGGGAAAGGGAGGAAGGCUCUACCCUUAAAAUCCUCUCGAAGGUCAAGUUUGAGGCUUGCCGAACGGAGGAGAAAAGUGUCGAAAAAUGCCGCUACAGGGUUUGCGGGAAGGUUCUGCACGGAGACUGAGUUGGAAAUGCCUUUCUCCCCCUAAACACCAGAUUAAUUUCUCUGAAACACACAGUGUAUAUUGGUCACGUCCAAAGGAUGAUGAUAGAUGGUUUUGUAAGCCAAGAGUACAGUGUGCAUUUGUCUUGUAUAUCAAGGCUACAAUGAAACCACGAAGAACUGGAGAGGAGAUCACCCAGCGUUAGAUCUGCUUAAUAGGAGCGGGGAGAGCAAGUGAGGAGUGGAGAUGGGGGGCGGGGCGAGUGGUGGCCCAAGACCUGCUGCAGGUGGGCUGUUCCCUGUCGGCUCCUGGACUAGGACUGGUAAGCCUACUAAGAGCGCAAACGGGGACCCAUGAAAAGAAAAGAAAAAAAUUCCUCGAGAAAAAACAAGACCCGGGAAUAGUUUGUUACUGUUAUUUACAUCCAGACUCUGGUUUCCCGGCCCUUUACAGCUGCUGGUGAAGAGUAUUCAAGCUUUAAAUACUGCUCUGAACUGACCUUGAGGCACAUUGAGAGGAAAAAUCACUGGAGAAAAUCGCGGUUUGUGUAGUGCUUUGAGAUCCUCUAACGCGAAAGCAAGAGAAUUGUGAAGUGACCUUGUUUCAUAGAUUUCUUUACGUCCACACUGGAAUACUAAAGGACUUUUCAGUGAGAAUUGAGUCAGUUCCCCCUUAAAUCUUACACCGUGGAGAAGUGAGUAGAGAGCCCUAGAUUUAAAAUAACAUUUUGUCAGCUUUUAUUCUUUCAACACAUUUUUAUGAAGUGGUACUUAUUGUGUGCCAGGUACACAGCAUCUUUUUCCAUGCGAAACACAUUUCGCAGGCAGUGAUUUGCAGGUGUACCGGAAAUUAGGGAAAGGGAUAGGAAUUCUGGAUGCUUUUUGUUCUGGAAUUGCUCAUCGUGUUGCAAGAAGAAGAGAUAUAAUAACAGAUAAAUGUGGCACAGUGUAACUUGGAGCAUGGAAACAGCUUAAAUAUCUGUCAAAAGUGCAGUGAAUUAAUAUAUUGGCAUAUUCCUACAGUGAAAUACUCUUUAAGAAUGGACUAUCUUAAAAGCAAUGUUGGAUGAAAAAAAGCAAAUUGCAAAAAACGCAUGUGAUAUUGGCCGGGCGUGGUGGCUCACGCCUGUCAUCCCAACACUUUGGGACAUCGAGGAGGGUGGAUCACGAAGUCAGGAAUUUGAGACCAGCUUGGCCAAGACGGUGAAACCCCGUCUGUACUAAAAAUACACAAAUUAGCCAGGUGCGGUGGCGGAGGCCUAUAAUCCCAGGUACUGGGGAGGCUGAGGCAGGAGAACCGCUUGAACCCUGGAGGCAGAGGUUACAGUGAGCCGAGAUCGCUGCAUUCUAGCCUGGGCUACAGAGCAAGACUCCGUCUCAAAAAAAUGUGACAUUGAUGUAAUAUUAAUAUCUAUUAACAUAAAAUUAUCCUCCCCGUAACAAAAUUUGUUGGUACAUAACUAUGUAAUAAAAAUAUAAAAGCAUAUUGGGGAAGAAUGUGUGCCAACUCCAGCAUGGAGGAGACCCCUGAAAGAGAAGGAUAUUGGCUGUAUGAGUAAUGUUUAUUUUCUUUAAAAAAAAAAAAAUCUUAGAAGCGGGAACAUAGAGAGUUAUGGGGAGGCUUUAUAGAAGAGUUGACAUUGAAGCUAAAUUCUUGAAAGUGAUAAGCAGGAGUUUAGUGGGAAUAUUUGAAAGACAAUUCUUGAAUACAUGAGAAUGAGAAAUAAACUAUGUGAAGUGUUUA